UCGAGGUUUCGAUUUAGAAAUACACCUCCAAAGAAGAGCACCCAUGUCAGACACCGGAGCCCGUUUUGUGGGAUCGGCCUUGGGAGCGGCCAUCGCUGAAACGGUCACCUUGCCCACGGAUGUGGUGAAGGUCCGUCUCCAGGUGCAAUCCACUGGUCGCUACCGGGGCUUCGCUGACUGCCUGCAGCAGACGGCCCGGAAUGAAGGCGUCCACGCGCUGUGGAAGGGCCUGACACCUGCCUUGGUGCGCCAGGUUUGCUACACUUCAAUGUCCUUGGUGAUUUAUGAACCUAUUCGUGGAUUCUACGGUGAGCUGUUGGGUGGCAAGGACAAAGGGCCGAGCUAUUUCCAGCGGCUUUGCGCUGGCGGCACGGCUGGAGCCCUGGCCAUCUCCGUCUUCAAUCCUGCAGAGGUGGUGAAGACCCAGGUGCAGACACACGUGGGAGCCAACAUUACCAUGCGAGAGGUGGCCUCACGAGUCUGGGUGCAAGAUGGCCUUCUUGGCUUUUGGGCAGGCCUUGGGCCCAACGUGGCCCGGACCUUCCUGGUGAACGCCGCGGAGUUGGGCACCUACGACGAAGCCAAGAGCCAUUUAGUGCCCGUGCUGGGCGAUGGUUUCUUCGCUCACGUUGGCUUCCGUGGCUGUGAGCUUUUGCUCAUCGACGCUGAAGGCUUUGACGUGGAGAUUUUGCGCUCGAUGGCCUAUCACUGCCAGCGCCGACGUGAAGAGCUUCCAUGGGUGAUACAAUUUGAAAGCAUGCUCUGCGACGCCGUGGCAACAGCUAUGGAGGCCUUGAUGAGCUACGGCGAAAGCCGAGAGCUAUCCCGUGAAGAGGUCGAGCAUGCGCUGCUCCACGGCUUGAGUCGGCUCAACCAUGGAUGGGUAUCCUGCACCUCCGAGCAUGAGCUUGGAGCGUCGCCUGAGGCAAAGGGCGGGUGCCUCCUAGCUUUGGAGGCCAAGCUGUUCCUGACGAUGAGGUUGUCAACUCUGUACCGGAUGACCCAGCAGAAGCACGCUUGUCACUUGGCUGUACGCUGGGGAAAAGAUGCGGUUGAGACGAUGGUGGCUAGGCGCAACAGCGUCAGCGCAGCAGUCCUAGCGCCGUUGGUGAUUGGGCUUAACGUCUCCAAGACUUCGCGGAGGACUUGGAAGGAUGCAGUUGCAUCAGUCAGGGAGCUGCGUCGAGCCUAG